AUGACGGUCUCGGCAGAGAAGAGACCAUACGUCCACCGGUCCUGUCAGCCGACUUGCGAGCUGCGUCACCUCUUCGGAACUGAGCUCCAUCUGAUAGUGGUAGCUCUGAAACCGCUGAAGAGACGAGAUGAAGUGACACUGCCUCUCGAACCGGAUUGCCUGAAUUUCGAGACCCAAUUGAAAUGCCUUCACCACAAAUGGAACCUGAUUAUGCCUAAAGACAUGAGAUUGGCAAGGAGAAUCUUGAUACACCCAACGGUCUUCUUUAAGACCAAACCACCGAACCCAACGGUCUUCUUAAAGACCACUAAUCCAAAAAAUCCAAAAACAUUGAUGCAUAAAUAA